GUGACAAAACAUGAAAGGAAUGAAGUCUGAAAAGUGAGAACAGAUAAAGGAACUGGUUCUACUAGCUUAGAAUACAUGCACAACACUUCCAUUAUUAUAAUAUAGUUAUUAUUCUAGAAAUUAUGACUCUUUUUCUCUCCUGUCUCUUCCUUUAUAACUCUUUGUCUUUUGUCUGCACCACCUCUACUUCCUGUCACUGACAAAUGCUUGCGACAAGUACACCCACACGUAAGAGACGAAAACCUGAAAAACAACAAGACAGUUUCAGUUUGUCGGCUCAUCAGCUCACAGAUCACAGCAAAGAUGGAGUUUGGCUGCAGCCAUGUUGUCUGUAACUGGACGUCGGCAAGAGCAGAGUCUGCAGCUCCUGCUGUUCCGAUUAAAUAUGACAACAGAAUGACUGUUCAACAACCAGGAGCUCCGCCUCCUCCACCUCCUCGUCGACUGAAGAAGCCUCGCCCUUCUGAGCCUCCCCCGGUUCCACCCAGAGCCAGGAGACAGGAGGCAGCAGGACAGUGGUCCAACAUCAACGUGGUGUCACUAAGUGUGGGGGACCUAGUGGACAUCAGCAGAGCCUCAGUUGAGCCCACCUAUCACAGACCUGUGUUUUGUGGAAAAUGCAGCGCUGCCUGGUCCAGUCUGACUACCAUACAGAACAAUCUGUGGGUGUGCGACUUCUGUGGCUGUGGAAACAGAGCAGACCCUGCUGUGACCACACGGUGGGUCAGUGGUUCUGAUGGUGAGAGCAGCGAUGAACUUUAUCUGCUGGACAACAGCCAGGAUGACUACCAGAACCUGGAGGACUCUCUGCUGGUCUUCUGCGUGGAUGUGUCAGGCAGCAUGAGCGUCACUGCAGAGGUCUCCAGCAGCAGUGGGCCACAGCAUGUGUCCAGACUGGAGGGUAUCCAGGAGGCCCUGCAGAGGGCGCUGUUGUCUGUCCUGCAGCAGUCACCACACAGGAGGGUGGCUCUGGUCACCUUCAGUGAUGAGGUCGUAAUUUAUGGAGAUGGAAGAGGAAGUCCUGUCACUCUCAAUGACUGGGCUCUCAUCGACUAUGACCAUAUAUGGGCACAGGGCGUGGCUUACAAUGUUCCACACUGUAUCGCAGAGACAUAUGACCAGCUGAUCCAAAGAGUAAAAAACCUUAAGGAACAUGGAGCUACAUGUCUCGGCGCUGCAGCAGUAGCAUCAGUCGCCAUGGCGUCAAGAUACCUAGGGUCAAAGGUGAUUCUGUGCACCGACGGCCGAGCUAACAUUGGUCUGGGGCAGGUGGAACAGCUCCAGUCCAACUCUCUGCUGUCUCCUCACGAGACAAACUUUUACAGACAGCUGUCUGCACAGGCUGUUGACAGAGGUGUCAUCGUCUCAGUGAUGACGUUUGAAGGAACAGACUGCUGUCUUGCCCACAUCGGACGACUCGCGGACGUUACGGGAGGAAGAGUGAUCAUCGUUAACAUCGGCACCAUUGCCACAGAGAUACAAUUAGCUUCAACUGACAACGUGUUGGCGAUGGGAGUCAAAGCAACGCUCAUAGCUCCAGAGGGAAUGUAUUUUCCAUUUGAGGAUGAAAACAAUCACAAACUGGUGAAGCAGAUUGGGAACGUGACCAGGGGCGUGGAGAUCACCGCUCAGUUUGCUGUCAGAGCAGCGUAUAUGGAGAUUUUCCUCCAGAAGAGCAGAGUCCAGUUCCAGCUCCAGCUGAGCUUUACGACCAGAGAACAGCAGAGUGUGACUCGGGUCAUCACUGAGCUCAGACCAGUCACUGACAGCAGCUGUCUGUGGCAGAGCAGCUUCAACUGCUCAGUGCUGGCCGUGCACUGUGCUCAGCUCUGUGCACGUCUGACCAUGGAAGGACGAGUCCAGGAGGCUCAGAGUCAGCUCAGAGCUCAGCAGCAGCUGCUGUCCCUCAUCAGUCGGCUCAAACCCGGUUUGCAUCAUCUUCAGCAUCAUCAUCAUUAUGAAGAUCACCAGGAGGAGAACACCUAUGGGAACUGUAUUGACACCAUGACCACCAUAUGUGACCACAUCAGCUCCGACUCACAGACACUUUCUGAUGAAGCUGCUCUGGUGGUUUAUCAGAUGAAACGAGUCAGCAGCCUCAACAUCAACAACACCAACGCUGCCAUCUAUUAAAAACAAUUGCAGCAACAACUGAAGGACAGAGAUGUUUGUCCACAAAGACGUCCAACAGAGACAGAGCGUUUCCAGCGCACGUUUAAUAACGUUAAAUAAAUACCUUUAUUCAGCUCUUUCACAUCUGAAAAUGUACAUUAAAAACAUUUUUCUACAGAGA